AUGGAAUCAUUUGCAAUAUCUGGAACAUCAGGCAUCGGAAAGUCACUGUUUUUUGUCUACAUAUUGCAUCGCUUGAUGGAUGACUUUACCACGAAAACUCUGUCCUUGAAGCCAAACCGAACUGUUUAUCAAAUGGGAUCCUCGUACAAAUGCUUUGACUUGCAGCAACAACUCGUCACAGAGCUUGAACUUGAAGUGGCCAAUAUUGUUUGGAAACAAGAUACAUUCUACGUUAUUGAUGGACACACGACUCCAAUGCCAUCAUCUUGUAUUGUCUUGUUCAUGUCAUCUCCUCAGUCUGAAGGAUACAAGGAGUUCGUCAAACAAAAAAUGGCAAGGGAAUGGUAUUUUCCUGUUUGGACUUUGGACGAGUUACAGACUUGCCGACGUCAUUGCUAUCCGUAUGUACCCAUUGAGACUAUCAAUGAGAGGUAUCGCAUGUAUGGUGGUGUAGCUCGUUCUGUCUUUGAUAUUGUAUCAAAUCCAAUGGAGAAAGCUUUGGCUGAUGUUGAUGCAGUCAAAGGGGUACACAACAUUGGAUUCACAAUCAAAAUAUCUGCAAAUACUCAUACAUUGCUUCAUACCAUUGUGUCAGACAACGGACAGUACAGAUUCCUGCAUGUUGAUAUUGCUUCAAGAUAUGUUGGAGAACAACUUUGGCAACAUCAUUCUGCUCAAAUGAUUACCAAUAUGCAGCAAAUGUUUGAUAGUAUUCCAACCAAAAUUUCAAGACAUUUGUUUGAAAUAUACGGACACAGGGUUUUUUGUACUGGUGGACAAACUCUCAAAUGCAGAUGCCUGAAAGAUGGUACAGUGACAGAGAUCACUUUGGAUGCACUCAAUGGUCAACGAAUUACAUUUGGAAUAGAUACUAUCCCUACUGCAGCAGCACUUGAUGGCAACUAUUACGAACCGACAAAUGACAAUAAUUUUGCAGCAAUUGAUUCACUCAGUCGACAGGGAAUGUUCCAAUUUACAGCUGAUGAUGAACAUCCUAUUUGUGGAGUUGAUAUUCUUACAAAACUGUGCAAUUUGUAUGAUGAACCCAAACUUUAUUUUGUGGUUCCGCCUCACCAGUUUAAAGGGUUCAAGCAGCUUCACAACACCUGUUUUGCAGCAAUUGAAUCAUUCAUGUCAGGAUUUUAUAUUGAUACUAAUGCUGACAGAGAUUUGUACAAUACAUACAAACCCAGUCAAUCACCAGCAUCCACUGUACCACAAACACCUGUGGUCAAGCAUGCAUGUCUCUCUCAGUCCACUACCACUCGAUUUCUCCAGUUUGUCCAAUCUAUUCAGUCCAAUGUCAAAUUGCAUCAUCUUGAUCACUUCUGCAAUGCUGAUGGUGACUGGAUUACACGAUCUGUGUCGGGUAUUUCAUCCAUGUCAUUGGGUGAUGAACAGCCAUUGGUUCGUCAAUCAAGACAAACUGGUCAGUCUGUUCAACAGCAGUCGCUACAACCAAAACCUCAUUCGCCUAUUGUGCAACAGAAUUCAAGUUUGUAUCAGUUCGAGUCGGGAAUCCUUGAAAAUCUGUUGCAUGAUGUUGAUACUAUGAAUGAUACUGUCAGAGUUGGACGCCAUGCAAAACAAUCGUUUAUGUCGAGUCAAGCCUGCGACUCGGAUUCCUUGUGUGAUGAUGACAGCCAAACCGAUACUGACAGUGAAUACUCCGAGUCCAUACACAGCAAUGACUCGGAUAUAUCCGUUGAUGGAUACAUUGAUUCUGUAAAUGAUCGCACUGCAACAGUGUUUGAUAUUGAUCAAGAGUCGAGGUAUUUGCAAGGCACACUCAGCAACAGUCCUUUGACUUGGUCAAAUGGAUCACCUAGACGCAUGUGGAGAAAGUCAUGCGAUAGUCAAUCCGAAACCAGCAGUGAUGAAAUUGAUACUAUUGAAUCCAUGAAUACGCAUGCAAACAGUCAAUUGAUGCUAGAUCGUCAUGCAGAAUUCCGAUUUCAGCAGAUUCUGAAUGGUGAUUUCACACAACCAUCCAGAUCUGUAUCUGUCGAGCAAGCCUCCAAAAUAUCCAAAUCAGCACUCAAAACACAACGCAAAAACGAUCGUCGCAAAUCCAAACAACAUGUAAAAAGCCGCCAUCAUGACUUGACUACUCAAGGUCGUACUUUUGAUGCCCAGCUCUCCAAUAGCCGCAACCCAACACAGUUCAAUGCAGUCAUUAAACUAUUUCUGCACUCCAUCAACAAAAUGGUCCAUGACUUUGUUGUGGCUAAACCGCAGUAUGGACAACUGUCACUUCCACCCAUGAUGAGUGAUGUACGUAAAUUUGCAGUGAUCCUUGUCAAGCGAAAACCCAGAAUGUCGCCAGACAGCAAAAUGAAACGGUCGCACAAAACCGGUAUGAAAAAAGACCCACAUCACAAACAUACUGUUGUUAAACAAGGUCAUGUUGUGGGUGAAUCUAGCCAACCGAUUGGAAAUGAAAACGUUGGUCAUAAAAUGCUGCUUGCUAUGGGAUGGAAUCCAGGACAGUCGCUGGGCACAGGAAACAAAGGCAUUGUUGAUCCUGUCAAGGUUGUUAUACGAACUGAGCGUAGUGGUCUUGGUGCAGAAUGA